AUGGAGGUCUUCCUGACCAACGUGCCUAGGCACCUUACGGAUCGAACUCUGGAGAAGGAGCUUAGGCCGCACAUGAAUGCUCUCGGCAUCCUUGAAUGGGCAUGCUCAACGAAGAGCAAGAACGACAAGGGCUGGGUGACGUUCCUCAAAGCAGAAGACGGAAAACGCUUUCUGAAACGUCAUGGAAAGGUCAUCCUUCCUGAUGCUGGGGCUACAUUCAAGCCCACUUCGAAAGGAGGAAAGCCUCCCAAGGAACGGGCGAGAGCAAACCUGUUUCUAAUGAACACCCAUGUCUAUGUGGCCCCAAGCAACAGACCACCCGACCCUUUCAUGAUCAAGAGUCUUACCCAUCGUCUGGAGGAAAAACACAGACAGCGGACUCAGCAAGAUGCUCCCUCUACCGACGACGCCAUCGUUUUUCAAGUCAGCCACUUGGCUUGCGGCCACAACACUUUUCAGCCAGACAAGACCUUGACCUUCAACGAACAAUGUCGCCUUUCUCAAAGAGGCCUAGCAAAGUUUGGCAAGAGAAUGCUCAUUCUAAAGUUUGAGCAGGGAGUCAAAGUCGAGAUCCCUCACUCCUCCAUCGUCGAGAUGAUACACACAUCUGUUCCCUCCAGUUUCACCCUUCUCCUCAGCGAACCACCACGCUUCUAUCAUACAAAGUCCGAUUUGGAACAACAGAUGGAACGUCUAGGCUUGGUCGAUGAUGCCAAGAGACCUCGGGGAAAAUCACUCACUCGUAGCCUUGGUCUAUCCAGCAGUAAGGAGCAUUUGAAGUGCGCGGGAACAUGUCUCGUCUACCAGCUGGGAAUUUUCGGUCCCGACUUCGAUCACAAGAUCAUCAGCCUCAAGAAGAAGGAAGUCAUCGUUAUUGCGCACUCGAAAGUCGCUCUCAACCAGAUGCCUAUCUUUUACGGAGUUGACUACCACACUGAGUGGGCCAAAUUCUACGAUGGCCUAGUCAAGGCCGGAUCCGCCAAGGCAUUACCUUUUGGCAUCCUGUUUCAGCUGCAGUCCUUGGUCUUCAACAACUUUUUACAUCCACGCAGUGCUCACACCAUGUUGAUGUCCCUAGAGAAAUUGUUUCAAAGCGCCAAGUUAGAUGGCAAGCCGGAGCCCGUUUCCCAGCAGGCGUUCAAGGUUUUGCAUGGCACUGGCCACGAUGGAAUCGACUACCCGUGUCAUAACACUGACCCAAGUGACCUGGAUCCCAACGAGAUUCUGAAAUACCUCAUCUCCACUGAGAAACGUCUGCAAUCCGAAAGCAACAUCGAGUUCAGAGAUGUCCUGCUGGAGCCUGAGAUAACCGAUCAUCAUGCCUGGAUUUUCAAGGCCACAGUGACCCCGACGAGAAUCACCUUGCAUGGACCUGAUCUGGAGCCUCUCAAUCGCAUACUUCGCAAAUAUCCAAACCAGACGGACUAUUUCAUGAGAGUCACCUUCGCCGACGAAGAUGGUAGUGAUCUAUUCUUCAGUGGCAAGGUUUCCUACGAUAAAAUCUUCGACCGCUACAAGAGCAUCCUGGGCAAGGGCCUGGAGAUUGCUGGUCGAGUCUAUGGCUUUCUUGGGUUCUCCCACUCGUCACUGCGAUCCCAUUCAGCAUGGUUUUCAGCUCCAUUCUUUGACGAUUGGAACAAACUGCAACUGUACGGAAACAUCAUCAAAUCGUUAGGUGAUUUCGACAAGAUACAAAUCCCGGCCAAGUGCGCCGCUCGCAUCGGACAGGCCUUUUCGGAAACCCCCUCAUUCAUUUCCAUCAGCGAGGCCGACAUCAACCGCUACUAUAUCCCGGAUGUCAAAUCGAUGGAGGGGAAAACUGAACGCGUUUUCAGCGAUGGUGUCGGCACAAUCUCCCGCGAAGCUCUCGAGCUGAUUUGGCCCCGCCUGCCACGAGGCUCGUUCCAUUCUACUUGUUUGCAGAUCAGGUGGGGAGGUGUCAAAGGAAUGCUAUCUCUGGACACAAGGCUUCAGGGUCGAGCGGUGUGCAUUCGAAAAGAGUCCAUGGAGAAAUUCCCCAGUAAGGAUUGGGAGAAUCUCGAAAUUUGUGACGUGGCAUCACGGCCUCUCAAAUUGGUGCUGAACCGGCAAUUGAUUAAGAUCAUGGAAGACUUGGGUGUAUCCAAGCAAUGGUUUCUCCGACUGCAGAAGAUGGAGCUUGAUCGACUUCGGGCAGUAACAGCCGAUGCGUACAACACGGCAACAUUCUUGCAUCUCCAGGCCAUCGGCACAAGUUUCUUCCUGUCGACCUUUGUCAAGAGCCUUGACAAAUACGGCAUAGACUACCGUCAAGACAGGUUCUUGAGAGCAGUGGUCGAGUCGAUUGUUCUACGGGAAUUGCGAUUGUUGAAGCACAAAGCCAGAAUACCCGUUCCUAAUGGCGCCACCCUUUUUGGAAUCAUGGAUGAGACGAAGUUUCUCAAGGAGGGCCAGGUCUUUGUCUCUUUUGACACUUUCCGAAGACCUGGAAAGCCAGCCACUGUCGGAUCUAUCAAGGAUGGUACCUUCAUGCUCGUGACGCGCUCGCCAGCUCUUCACCCCGGCGAUAUUCAGCGAGUUAUGGUUAGAGUACCACCGGCAGGUCACCCCUUACGGAACCUUCGCAACUGCAUCGCGUUUAGUCAGUUUGGAGAGCGCGACUUGCCUAGCAAGCUCAGCGGUGGUGAUCUUGAUGGCGACUUGUAUAACAUGAUGCAAUGCCCGCAAUGGCAUCUAAUUCUCGCCGAUAAACAUCAUGAAGGAACUGUGAGCGGCGACUGCAUCAAACUAGCCGGUCUACACUCGACUGCUGUGGACUUUUCGAAGACAGGCAUCCCAGUCGCGCGGGAAGAUAUCCCAAAGGCGCCUAUCUUUCGCCCGGACUUCCUCGCGCCCGCACCCCCUGCUCAGCUGUACGAUCGAACGCAGAUCGACUUCCUUGGCAAGGACGAGGCAGUCGACGACGAUGACGACGAUUUCGUACCAUCUUACCGAUACUACAAAUCAGACAAAAUCCUCGGCGAGCUUUAUCGCAAUGUCGACGAAAAGCAGAUCUGGGAUGAUGAAAUCAAGAGAUCCAUCCCCAAGACCGGACCCUCGGUUUGGGACCAGUUUGUAGGCUUAAUAGAGCGAAAGAUCAAAGACUAUACUCAUGGGCGAGUGAGCUGGGAAACGAAACUUAGGGAGGCGAAAAGCUUGCGUGACGUAUACGAAGACCAUCUCUUCAGUGCCAUGACAACGUACUCUGACAGUCACUUGAAGCAGCUGACAGAAGUCGAGGUGUUCUGCGGCUCAAUCUUCAACAAGACUGGCGCGCAGACUCGUCGUCAAAAGGACAACUCAAUGAAGCUCAAGCAAGAGUUCGAUCGACUAGCCGACCUCAUGGUGCAACAAAUGCGGCGCAAGUUCCGCAAUGUGGGAGACAAAGCUGCCCAACCUACCGAUAUCUACAAUAAUCCUGCACCGACUGGCACCCGCCAGAUUGACGAUGACAUCGAACGGCUCUUGGCACCGAACAAGGAUGCGUUGGAGAUGUCAUAUGCGUGCUUCAUGGUCGGUUUGCUGCCGAGUACCGACCUUGAGCGCGGACACCGAGCAACACAGCUGGAAAGCUUCAAGGUUAUUUCGGCGGGUGUCUUGCUCAAAGAGCUCACCGAGCUUGCUAAUCGCGUGAAGGGUGGCCGAUUGGUCAACCCCAGCAACGGCGACGCUGCGGGCGGUGGGUUUGUAGGUGUCAGUGGUGGGCCAGCAAUGUCCUAUAUGUACAUCGGCUAUGACGUGGAUGUCGGGCAGUAUCCCAAUUAUGGAUACAGCCAUUACAUGUAG